GUCACAUGCGACGUUUUAGUUGUGUUUUAUUGAUGUACAAAAUCAUAAGCGCCCAAACAAUGAUCUUGGUUUGAUCUGACGGUAUUUGUGUAAAAUAUACGCUGGAAACAAAACAUAACUUACGAAUAAUUGUCAAAAAUGGAGUCAGUUAUGCAUCACUGCCAUCGCAAGCUCCCAACCCUCCUGUCCAGAACUCUCUUUAAAACAUUAAAGAGAAGACACCUCAACCUCACCAUCCACACUGUUUCUGCCUCUUCCAAACCAGUCAUCCCAACACCGCUCGUGUCUCGCCUCUUCCAGCCAUCAAACCUCCGGGAAGGUCAGGAUGGAGGAGACCUGACAUGUCGGAGUCAGAGACUGAUGAUGCAGACUGGACUGAUCCAUCCGUCAAACCCCGGCUGCUUCUAUUACUUGCCUGUGGCUCUGAGGUCCUUGGAGAAGCUGGUCCGGCUCAUUGAUGAGGAGAUGCAUGCGAUCGGUGGGCAAAAAGUGGACAUGCCAGCGCUCUGCAGUGCAGAACUGUGGAAGAAAAGUGGUCGCUGGGAGCUCAUGGGAAAAGAGAUGUUCAGACUGCUGGAUCGGCACAAUGGGGAAUACUGUCUCGGACCGACUCACGAAGAAGCAGUCACUGAGCUUUUUGCCUCCCAGACCACCAUGUCUUACAAGAAGCUGCCACUUCUGCUUUACCAGGUAACACGCAAAUUCCGUGAUGAGCAGAAGCCAAAAUUUGGACUCUUACGUGGUCGGGAAUUUUACAUGAAAGACAUGUAUUCAUUUGACAUUAAUGAGGAGGCAGCUCUCCACACAUACAACUCUGUGUGCCAAGCGUAUGGACGCAUAUUCGACCGACUGCACUUAAAGUGGGUGCAGGUCCAGGCUGACACUGGAAACAUAGGAGGCACACUUUCCCAUGAGUUUCAGCUGCCAGCAGACAUUGGCGAAGACAAGUUACUUGUUUGUGGAAACUGCGGCUUCUCUGCCAACAUUGAGACCCUGGAACCAGGACAGGCCGAGUGCUCGCAGUGUCAAACAGGCAAACUGACUGAAUCCAGAGGCAUUGAAGUGGGCCACACUUUUUACCUCGGCACUAAAUAUUCACAGGCGUUUAAAGCACUUUUUGUUAAUGCAUCCAAUGUGCCUGCGGUGGCAGAGAUGGGAUGUUUUGGACUUGGUGUCACUCGAAUACUAGCAGCUUCUAUAGAGGUGAUGUCCACAGAGGAUGCCAUUCGCUGGCCUGGAUUGAUAGCUCCCUAUCAAGUGUGUGUCCUGCCACCUAAAAAGGGAAGUAAAGCACAUGAAGCCACACUGAAGGCUGAGGAACUGGCUCAAAGCUUGGGAAAUAGUCUUCCAAAUUUGAAAGGUGAGGUGGUACUGGAUGACAGGACUCAAAUGACCAUUGGGAAACGACUGAAGGAUGCUAAAAUUCUGGGGUAUCCAUUUGUGGUGGUGGUGGGCCAGACGGCUCUAGAUGAUCUGGCCAGCUUUGAGGUGGUUUGUCAGCAAAGUGGAGAGACUCUCUUUUUGAGUAAAGAUGGGCUUGUUGAUCUUUUAAGUACGGUUGAAACUAUCUAAUAUAUGUGUACAUUUAUCAGGCUAGGUGAUGGUGAAGAGAAAAAGAGUGUGAUGUAUAAAUAUUAUAAGUGUUAUAACAAGAAAAUGUUGAUUAUUAAAGUGGUCUGUUUGUAA